UGCAGAAGGAUCCGAAGUGACAAUGAUCAGCAUGGAUGCCGCAGAUCAAUGCCACCUACUGCAAGGCCAUGACAGAGACAGCGUCGUAUUCAAGUCACUCUGGGCCCUUUGGAGGUAAGCAGCACAUGCCAUGCUGACGGCUUUACAGGCUGAGCAAGGAAUACACCAGGGACAGACGUUGGAAGCCAGUGCGCAUGGGUGUGAUGGAUUUUAUCAACGUACCAACAACAUCUGCGCAGGUUGGCAAGUGCAAGGCAAAAGGAUACAACAUGCAAAGGUGUCGCAUUCCCAAAGAUCUUCAGGGCUGCCUGUGCACAGCCAAGCAGACUGGCUCAAUGGUGCUGCGGGCAUGCUCGGAUCUCCGGCGAUCAUCCAGCUUGGCAGGGCUUCAGCGGCCGCCCUCGUUCGGUUCACGCUCCGUCAUCUUGCGCAAGUUGGCGCUCAUGUCUGCACACGUCGGACGCCCGAGCCUCGAGGCCGGUCGGAUUUUGGUGUGUAUGUGUUAUGUGAAGUAUCGAAAACGAUCCGCGCUGCUUGGAACUCGUGUCUCGCGCAUCCUUUGUCUGCAGCCUGUGCGGAUGUCGGUUGAUUUCUGUCUGAAGUGGCCCUAAGAGACAAUUCGUACUGCAGGCGGUCUCAAGG